CCCCACGCCAACCCCAACCCGUUCCUCCUUGACCUUGACUUCGAGAAAUCGCAAUUUCUCGGAGUCUUCUCCUUCUCUCCAAAAUAAAGUUCCUUUUUUCAUAGCUUCGUCGCAGCAGAAGCUAAAAGCCCAAAAAAAGAAUGCCUCCACGCGCUGUUAAGCGGUUCUUCACGGCCUCCACUGCUGCUCUUAAGAAGAGGCCUCUGCUCCGACAAAGCGUAUCCGUAUCACGCGAACCCUCGGUCCCUCCUAUCGAAGAAGAAAAGGGAUUAGAAAGACUAGAGCUUGAAGAUAAUGAUCGGCAGUUUGAAGCAGAAGAGAAUGGUGGUGGAAACUUAGACAUGGAAGAGUUUGUAGAGAUGGAUGGUGGAAAUGAGGAAGAUGGGGGGGUAGAGAGAAUUGAUGCGGAUGGCAUGAUUGAAGAAAUUGUGGAAGUCGAGGUGGAAGAAGAAGAGGAAGUGGAGGAGGAGGAAGAAGUGGUUGAGGAGCAUGUUGGGGAUGAGCAUGAAGAAAUAGGGGACUAUGAGGAAGAGCAUCAUGAUGUGGUUAAAGAGAGGAGGAAACGCAAGGAAUUUGAAGUAUUUGUAGGGGGGUUGGACCGGGAUGCUACCGAGGAAGAUCUUAGAAAGGUUUUUAGCCAGGUGGGUAUGAUCACUGAAGUCAGACUUCUGAAGAAUCCAGUAACUCAUAAGAACAAGGGCUUCGCUUUCUUGCGGUUUGAGACUGUUGAGCAGGCUAGACGGGCUAUUUAUGAACUUAAGCACCCGGUGGUUAAUGGGAAGCAAUGUGGGGUGGCUCCAAGUCAAGAUAGUGACACUCUCUUUGUUGGUAACAUAUGCAAAACAUGGGAAAAGGACAUUUUGAAAGAAAAGCUUGCUCAUUAUGGAGUCUAUAAAUACGAGGACUUGACUCUAGUCGAGGAUAUGAACAAUGAGGGGAUGAAUCGAGGCUUUGCUUUUUUAGAUUUCUCGUGCAGGGCAGAUGCCUUGGAAGCCUGCAAGAGAUUGCAAAAGAGGGACGUUGUUUUUGGUACAGACAGAACGGCCAGGGUUGCAUUUGCAGAUACCUUCAUUGAACCAGAUGAUGAAAUUAUGUCACAUGUAAGGACAGUAUUCCUUGAUAGUUUGCCUCCUGCUUGGGAUGAGGAUCACGUCAAGAACUAUCUCAAAAAGUUUGGGAAGAUUGAAAAGGUGGAACUUGCUCGGAAUAUGCCAGCUGCUAAAAGAACCGAUUUUGGUUUUAUAACAUUUGACUCGCAUGAUGCUGCUGUGGCUUGUGUUGAUGGUGUAAAUAAUGCUGAGCUUGGUGACGGAGAUAGGAAGUUAAAGGUUCGGGCAAGGUUGUCUAGACCACGCCAAAGAGGUAAGUCAGCUAGACAGGCUCGGGGAGGCUAUGUUGUUGCAUAUGGCAGUGGUCGGGGUGACAGGGGUUCCUGGGGCUCUAGUAUUUCUCGCAUUGAUCGUCACAGGUCUAUAGAUCAUGGUGGGAGAAGUAUUCAAAGUCGUGGUGAUGGUGUUUCUAACCGAUCAUAUGGUCCGAGGGACAGAGAUGUAUCAUAUGGUCUUGGGAGUGGACAGCGAUAUUCUUCACCAGAGAGAUCAUACGGUAGAAGGUCCACCGUUCAAAUUUAUGGAAAGACCGGCUCAAAGAGGGACUACAUCCUGGAAGACGAAGUAUUAUCCAGGCCAGCUGAUUUUGGUCGAGCUCCUUUCAAUAGAAUUUCUUAUAGAGAUGCUUACCCAUCACGUGGAUCUGGGUACUCAGGAAGUCCUCCAAGGAAGGUUUCUCGGGCUGCCACUCAUAGACCAUCUCCUCCUUACGAUGAUUAUGGCUAUGGAAGAUAUGUGGAACGACCCUCAAACUAUCGCGACAGUUAUAUCCGUGAUUACAGUUCUACCACCAGCUCAAAGCGUCCCCAUUCUGCAAUUGAGGAAGAUCAUUCUCAUUAUGCUGAAGCCUCAAUUAGGCAAUCACGAGCCAGUUUUGAUUAUGGGGGAAGCAGUUCUGACUUGCCUUACAGCGACAAGUCUUAUGGAAGUAACUUUACAAGGCUGGGCCGUGGGUCUCGUCCUGCGUACAAUGAAGGUAGUCGGAGAUCUACAGGGCAUUCUCAUGGAGUGUAUGUCACAAAAACAUCCACAAUGGGUUACAAAAGAGUUCUAACAGAUGAGAUUAGUAGAAGAGACAGAGAAGGGGCGUAUACCAGAUAUGGAAGGGAUUAUAUGUCUAGGGAUUAUGAGCCUUCUCGAUCAGAUCUAGAUGAAGGGGCAUAUCCUCCUGAUUACCCCUCACGUCGCUUGGAUGAUGACUACUUCAGUGGCAGAAGUUCAGGCUCAUAUUAUUAAGAGUUGUUCCAUGCAUAAGCUUCUAUAAUCUAUACCCCUCCGGAGCAGGAGGUUAAAAGGCUUCCCAGAAGGAGGUUAAAAGGCUUCCUAGAGACCCUAAUCUGGGCAAGGAAGGUAUCGAAAGGAGACCCUAUAGGUGGGUUGCUCCUGGCUAAUCUCUGGUCCUUACGAACAAGGCACCGUGGUGAAGGUGACAAAUUUGCUGGCAGAGAUGUCUUUUACCUCGGGGAUUAGUCGAGAACCAGAGCCUUAUCUAGGGCAUUGAAAGUUCUCGGAUACCUCGUUAUUAAAAAAAAAAAAAAAAGCUUCUAUAAUCUAUCAGCAUCUAAAAGGGCAUAAGAACUCUGGCAGUCAUCUGAAUAUGUAAUGCAUAAGUUUGAAUGAUUAUAUCAAACGCCAAGAGCUGUAGCAAUCACUGCUGGUGACUUCAGAUUUAAAAAGCAAGCAGCAGCUGUUCGCUCAGUUUUUCAUUCCUCGGUAUACUGGCAUAUCACCUUUUCAUUCUUUGUCACUGGGAAGAUUGAUUUCGUAAGGGACUAUGAAUUUUGCAAUUCUUUGUUCUUCCUUGGAUGUCAAAGGACUGAGUGGAUAAUUUUUCUCUCUUUUUUUAAGAGAAUUAUAACCUAUACAUAAACAGGUUGCACUUCAGAAGUUA